AUGUGUGUGUCAAUAUGCACUGACGGCGCAGCUGCCCUUACUGGUUCAAAAAAAGGUUUUAAAGCUAAAGUUCUAGAAGUGUCUUCAAAUAUAAUGUUUAACCAUUGUAUGAUUCAUAGAGAAGCUUUAGCUUCCAAAAAACUUCAACCAGAUGUUAAUAAAGUACUCCUUAAUGCUAUAUGUGUAAUAAAUUUUAUAAAAUCAAAGUCAUUAAAUUCCAGACUUUUUACUAUACUUUGCAAUGAAAUGGGUUCUGACCAUGAAAAAUUGCUUCUUCAUACUGAAGUAAGGUGGUUGUCUCGUGGUAAAAUAUUAUCACGCCUUUUUGAACUCAGAGAUGAAGCACGAAUUUUUCUUCUGGAACAAUUCCUCAGUGAUAAUGAUGUCGAUAUUAAUAUGAUAAAAGAAAUUAUAACUACUCAUCUAAUAAGUUUACUAAUAAACUUUAAUGCACGGUUUGAAGAUUUCCCAGAAGAAAGUCUAGGUUGGAUAAGAAAUCCAUUUCAUUUCAAUAUCAAUGAAAUAAAAUUAGGAAAUUUAAAAAUAAGCGAAGAACUUAUUGACUUGUCAUCAGAUGAAAAUCUACGUAUCAGAUUUCAAGAAAAUGCAUGUGAUACAUUUUGGAUUUCCAUCAAAUUUGAAUAUCCAGAAUUAUCAAAACAAGCCAUAUCAAUUUUACUUCCUUUUGCAUCAACUUAUUUAUGCGAAACAGCAUUUUCAACACUAACGAUAAUUAAAAACAAAUAUCGCUCCGGAUUAAAUGUUGAAGCUGACUUAAGAGUGGCAGUGUCAAAUAUCAAACCAAACAUAGAAUCAAUCAUGUCUACAAUGCAAGCUCAGGUCUCUCAUUAA